GGCAGUGAAUCUGGGGAGAAACGUCGGGGUGAACACUUUUAGUGAAAUUAAAGAGGCCCCGGGCAAAUUGAAAAAUAUAACCCGGCCGAUGGGGACGACGUUCGGAUAACCGCGCGCGUUUUCGCCCAGUGAUUUCGUCCGGUCGCGGUUUUCCAACUCGAAAUGAUGACGCCUAUUACGGAAAAAUCAAAGGAUAACUGAUGUCAAUGUCGAAAUGUCAAUUUUGGACCAGACGAGGACGACGUUGCCACAUAUUCCCGUGUUGCCUCCGCCGGGUCUGAUGACUCCGCAUUCGGUGGAAGGUCCGCCAAACUCGGAGGUUUUGCUGGCGCUCCUCGCAAGGAACAAGACGCUGGAAGCGACAAUUCCAAAAUGCGGCGGCUGCCACGAACUGAUCUUAGAUAGGUUUAUACUCAAAGUGGCGGACAGGACCUGGCACUCCAAGUGCCUCCAGUGCAGCGACUGCCGCGUCCAGCUCACCGACAAGUGUUUCGCCCGAAACGGACAGCUCUACUGCAAGGACGACUUUUUUAAUGGGUGCAGGCGGUUCGGCACAAAGUGCGCGGGAUGCGAACUGGGCAUACCGCCCACGCAGGUGGUGCGCAGGGCGCAGGACAACGUCUACCACCUCCAGUGCUUCGCCUGCGUGAUGUGCGCGAGGCAGCUCAACACGGGAGACGAGUUUUACCUCAUGGAAGACCGGAAAUUGGUCUGCAAGCCCGACUACGAGACCGCCAAGUCGAAAGCGGCGGAGUGUCUGGACGGGGAUCAGCCGAAUAAAAGGCCCCGCACCACGAUAACGGCUAAACAGUUGGAAACGCUGAAAAACGCGUACAACAACAGCCCGAAACCGGCCCGCCACGUCCGCGAACAGCUCAGCCAGGACACCGGUCUGGACAUGAGGGUGGUCCAAGUGUGGUUCCAAAACAGAAGGGCAAAAGAGAAAAGACUCAAAAAGGACGCCGGCAGGACGAGAUGGAGCCAGUACUUUAGGUCGAUGAAGGGUGGGUCGUCGCCGCGGCACGACAAGCUUCUCGACAAAGACGACAUGAAAGUCGACCUCGAUAGCUUCAACCAUCACGAUCUAAGCGACGACAGUUACGGUACCGUGGUCAACAUGAGCAUGGACCAGGAAGGCUCGUCGCCGCACAGCGUCAUCGGGAGACCCAUGUUCCUCCACGGGGCCACCUCCCCCUCGUACCUGGCGGCUCACACGCCGCCCCACGGCCACGACCACAUGCCUUACCCCGAUCAGUUGGCGGUCUACGGCCUCGGGCAGGGACCGCCCCCGGGGAUAGGUCUGGGCCACGCCCCCGUCCCUCCGGGCGGACCCGAUUCCGAGAUGAGCAACGACAGCAGCCCCAGGGGAUACCCGGACUUUCCUCCCAGUCCCGACUCGUGGCUGGGAGAGCCGUCCAACGCGCAUUACUGACCCGACGUGGUGGGGGGAAGGGACGUGGCGCGAUUCUCGCCGACUCGGAAAAAUUCGUUCCGGUCCGUUUGAAACCUAAAGGUGCCCACUCACGCCCAGAGGUGACGGAAAUGUUUCAAAAACGACGCCCUUUUAAGCCCAGAUAGCACGCCAUAUCAAAAUACAAAAGUUUUUUGUGUUUAUAGGAACUUUAAGCUUUCAAAUCGUACAGAAUGUCUCGGUCGCUCGAUAUCGACUAAACUAUUUUAAUGAUUUACGUCACUUGGCCUAGUAUUAUUUGCGAAGGAACUGUACGCUUACACGAGACUCGUGAUUUCUAGAGUUUUAAUCGUUAAGGAUAUUGUAAUUUCAUAAAAUUAUUCCCUCUCUUCAUACUCGUCCCUGUUCCAGACGAUCAUUAAUUCAGUAUUAUAAUAAAAAUAAAUAAAAGUAUUUGGCUAAUUUUACGAUAUUGUUUUUGAUCUUUAAUAAAUAUUUUUAAUUUUUUUUUUGUAAUAAUGCAAUAUGUAACUUUUUUUUUUAAUAGAAUAUAUCACUAUAUGUUAUGGGCAAAUUAAUUAUCGAAAAUUCAUUGGUUCAAUAGUUGCCUAAUAUUUGUUUUGCCUACUUUUUGCUUUUUGUCAUUAGUAAGUCAAAAUAAAAAGAAUGUUCCAUUUAAACAUCCAAAACCGACGUAGGUACUGAGAAACGUGAUUACUCUAAAAUUUCUCUUAAACACUAACAACUUUUGUUUUUAAAAUUUACGUAAUGAGCAACCCUAGCCAAUUUCAGGGAUUCCAAAAACUUUUUUUUUUAUAUUUAUAAUUAUAUUGUCAUUAUUUACAUUUAUAAUUAUUUUUCAAAACAGGUGACCUCACCGCCUAGAAUGAAUCAGUUGAUUAAAACGCUAAAUUGAGUUAAACCGCAACGCCCCAAUCAGAACGCGUUAGAUGUUUGACCGUGAUCCAAUGUUGCCGGCCAUUAUUUGGUUAGUUUCCAUUAUGCUCUGUUGUUGAGAUGGGAGGAGGGAGUAUAUACGUCAUAAGUAUACCGAAAACCAACCGGAUACUUGUCGAUGAAUGGCAACAUUGGAUUACACAUCUAACGCCUUCCUUUCGACAUACGGAAGCGAAUUUUCACAUGCUAUUUGGGACGCCGUCCAUUUCGAGAUAACCGUUUGGCAAAAUAACGGUAAUCUCCCAGUUUACUUAUUUAGUGGUUGGCUAGAUUUUAGCUAUGGUCGUCGAAUGAUGUGCAGGUGCAAAGCGCUGCCAACAACAAUUUUUAAAUAACAUUUUUUUAUUUCAAAAAUCUCCCCAUCAGGUUGCUAAAAGGGCGGCUGCAAAAAGUCCCGAGUUUUUCUGGUAAUUUAAAGGGGGUUAUAGGGAUUUCUAAUCAAGCGAUACGCCACCUAGCGGUCAAAUGUCAAACCAUUCGAUAGUACGUCGAGGAGGUUCAACGUCGCCAGUAACGAUUUCAUCGUAAACAACUAGUGAGGUUACGUUUCGAAAUUACACAAUUUUCAAAUGCAACAAAUACGGACGAACGAGAAUCGCGCUACGUCGUUAAACAUUUCAAAUGUCGAUGUGUGUACAUAUACAUAUGUGUCCGGCGCACAAAAAAAACUCGAUCGAUAUCGCGGUGUAGAUUCGAACCAAUCGGAUUACGACAUGUAUGGUAUAGUAGAACCAGCGAUCUAUCAAACUCAAUAUAAUUCUACGUCGAUAGAAUCCAGUGACACAUUGUCAACCCGUUAAAUGUCAACUCUAAGGUCGGCAAAUACGAGUCGAGGAACUAUAUUUGACGCGUUCGAUAGAUCGGUGAUCGUGCUAUACUUGGAUGUUUUUGUGCACAUUCUCGUCGAUGCAACACGCACAGAGAGGACCGUAACGUCAGCCAUAUUGUACUUAAGAGAAAUAUAUCAAAGCUAUCCGAGCGGUAUGUCUGUUGUACAGUACGAAUAGUAUUAUUUACAUUCUAGUCAAAGAACCAGGUGAAAAUUAUUUAAUAGGUGUGACGUCCU